CAAGAAAAAUGGCUCAUACUCUCGAUCUCGAAGGCAUCACCAAAGCAAUCUCAGGAAUGGGAGUUGAAGAGGGAGCACUGAUAAGUACUCUGGGGAACUCGCACAAGGAUCAUCGAAAGUUGUUUAGGAAAGCAAGCAAAAGUUUUUUUGUGGAGGAUGAAGAAAGAGCUUUUGAGAAAUGUCAUGAUCACUUUGUCAAACAUCUCAAGAUUGAGUUCUCUCGCUUCACUAACGCGGUGGUGAUGUGGUCGAUGCAUCCAUGGGAGAGAGACGCAAGGUUGGUGAAGAAAGCACUGAAGAAAGGAGAUGAAGCUUACAACCUCAUCGUGGAGGUGUCAUGCGCUCGCUCCUCUGAAGAUCUCCUAGGCGCACGCAAGGCUUAUCACUCUCUUUUCGACCAGUCGAUGGAAGAAGAUAUUGCCUCUCACGUCCACGGCUCUCAGCGCAAGCUGCUAGUUGGCCUCGUGAGUGCUUAUAGAUACGAAGGGAAAGAGGUGAGGGAAAGUUCCGCCAAAUCGGACGCUAAGAUUUUGGCCGAGGCGGUGGCUUCCUCUGGAGAGGGAGCCAUAGAGAAUGAUGAGGUUGUUAGGAUUCUGAGUACAAGAAGCAAACUCCAUCUCGAACAUCUCUACAAACACUUUAACCAGAUCAAAGGCUCUGAUCUUCUUGGGGGUGUAUCUGAAUCUUCACUCAUCAAUGAAGCAUUGCUUUGUUUGCUCAAACCCUCCGUGUAUUUCAGCAAGAUUUUGAAUGCGUCUUUGAACAAAGAUGCGGACAAGGGUACCAAGAAGUGGUUGACAAGAGUGUUUGUUACGAGAGCAGAUCAUAGUGACAUGAAGGAGAUAGCAGAAGAGUAUAACCAGCUCUAUGGAGAGCCUUUGGCCCAAACAAUUCAAGAGAAGAUUAAAGGGAACUACAGAGAUUUCUUGCUCACACUACUAUCUAAAUCAAAUUGAUUUCGGUUCUGAACUUAUUUCCCAAGACUUGUGGUUAUUGAACAUUUGAAUUUCUUUCGGUUUUAUGUUUCUAUCCCAACAUUUGCGUUUUCUAUACCCUUUUAUCACCAUAUCUAAUAAUAAAGUUACUGUCUCUGGUGACAUUAUUCAAGAA